AGCUCGUCAGCCACAGAUCACCGACGCCACACCCAAAAUCUGGCACCGCCACCGCGUGGUCAACCCUUGAACCAAUCAACUCCCCGCCUUGUUAUUAUUUUGGUAUCCCGCGUCAUAAGUUUCGUCCUAAGGCAGGUACAACUCUGGUCAGGCUGCAGUCUUUUCAGGAGUACUUAAGUCAGCGUCAAUUACUAUAACCUCGUUGAGUUCUUAUGACUCCUUCUCGACUCACCGCAUUUCUUGGCAUUGUUAUCGCUCUUCUUUUGUCUCGAUACCUCUGGCAUUACUCCACUCUGACUCCGUCUACCCCUCCAGCCAUGUCUUCCGGACUGUACUCCGUCGCGUACUUUGUCAAUUGGGCCAUCUAUGGGCGUAAUCAUAACCCUCAGGAUCUCCCCGCAGAGAAAUUGACCCAUGUUCUCUAUUCGUUCGCCAAUGUCCGGCCCGAAUCCGGAGAAGUGUAUCUGACAGACACUUGGUCUGACAUCGAAAAGCACUACCCAACAGAUUCCUGGAAUGAUGUUGGUACCAACGUUUAUGGCUGCAUUAAACAGCUAUUCCUACUCAAGAAGCAGAAUAGGAAACUGAAGGUUCUGCUUUCCAUCGGAGGAUGGACCUACUCCGCCAAUUUCGCCCAGCCGGCAAGCACGGAGGCCGGACGCAUUAGGUUCGCUGAAAGUGCCACGAGGCUAGUGUUGGAUCUUGGUCUUGAUGGCUUUGAUAUCGAUUGGGAGUACCCUAAGAAUGAUAUCGAAGCACAGAACUUUGUCCUGCUUUUGAGAACCUGUCGUGAGACCCUGGACCGGGCCGCUGGGCCACACCGGAAAUUCUACUUGACCAUUGCUUGUCCAGCAGGCAGGGAGAAUUACUCCAAGCUCAGACUUCGUGAAAUGACGCCCUAUCUUGACUUCUACAAUCUAAUGGCCUAUGACUAUGCUGGCAGCUGGGACAACUUUGCUGGCCACCAAGCGAAUAUUUAUCCUUCUACUGACAGGCCAGCCUCGACACCAUUCUCAACGGUCGACGCACUUACAUACUAUGAGACAUCUGGUUUGGUGCCGCGGUCUAAGAUAGUUGUCGGCAUGCCCAUCUAUGGACGCGCUUUCACCAAUACCGAUGGACCUGGCACAAGUUUCUCCGGAGUAGGUGAGGGAAGCUGGGAGAAUGGGGUCUGGGACUAUAAGGCACUUCCCAGACCAGGGGCAACGGAAUAUGUUGACCCCAGUAUCGGCGCAUCGUGGAGCUAUGACCCUACGACCCGCACAAUGAUCUCGUACGACAACGUGCGGAUGAGUGAAAUCAAAGCGGCUUUCGUCAGACAUCAUGGACUAGCUGGCGGCAUGUGGUGGGAGACAAGCGCUGAUCGAGGAGGCAGGGCUGCUAACAAAGCUGAUGGAAGCUUGAUUGGAACCUUCGUGGAGGGUGUCGGCGGACCGGGAGCCUUGGAUCAAACCCCGAAUGCACUUGCAUACCCGGAAAGCAAGUACGACAACUUGCGAGCCGGUUUCCCUUAGACCUACCUAAUUUGAGAUACCCAGAUUCGACAUUGUCAUGUUUCUUGCUACUCUUACAUAUUUUUGUUAUGAUUUUAUAGAUACUUGUACAUAGGUCUACGAAUCGCUUAUACUCGAGAAGACCGUGUUUUGAAUUUUU